UUUUGCACGCCGCCCGCCUGUCGCGGAUGCUCCCAUUAUCUGACGUAUUCGCCGACGACAUACGUCACUUCCUGUGUCGACGUACGUCAGAAACGUUAACGUCAUAGCAACCAGAAUAGUGCGAAUGCAGACAGGAGGAAUUUCAACAUAUUAGAUAAAAAUGGAAACAAGAGAUCAGUGGUACAAGCCAAACUUAUUAUACAACAUCCAUUACAGACCACCUAAACGACAGUCAGAUCCACAUGAAUCGUCAGAUCAACCUAAAACGCCUAGUCCACCCAAGAUGGUUGUAGAAACAAUCCGAUUCAAUCCUAGUGUAUGUACAUGUGGAGAACAUGGAUGCCAGCCCCACUAUAGGAUGGAGAGAAGAGUUCGCUGGAUAAAUAAAGAGGUUAACGCUGCUAUAAAGGAACAGAAGUUUGAAGCAGUCAUGAAGGAAAGAAAAAGCGAUGGUAAAAGUUAUGCUGUUGAAGAUCAAGGUAGAUGCAAUGGAAACGUUGGUGUAGAUGAGAACGAUGGUGGACGCGAUGACAGAGUUGACGGUGACAACGGCGAUGGUAGAUGCAAUGGCAGAGAUGACAGUGACGAAGGAGAUGGUAGAUGCGAUGUUAAAGUUGAUUGUGACGAAUACCAUGGUAGAUGCGAUGUCAAAGUUUAUGGUGACAAGGGCGAUAGUAAAUGCGAUGACAGAGUUGAGAAAGGCGAUGGUAGAUGCAAUGGCAGAGUUGAUGGUGAGAAAGAGUGUGGUUGGUGCAAUGGCAGAGUUGAUGGUUACAAAGGCGAUAGUAGAUGUGAAGGCAGAGUUGAUGGUGACAAAGGCUACAGAAGAUGCGAUGGCAGAGUUAAUGGUGAACACGGUGAUGGUCGAUGCGAUAUUAAAGUUGAUGGUGACGGAGGCGAUGGAAGAUGUGAUGGCAAAGUUAAUGGUGACAAAGGGUAUGGUUGGUGCGAUGGCAGAGCUGAUGGUGACAGAGGCGGUGGUAAAUGUGAUGGCAGAUUUGAUGGUGAUAGAGGCGAUGGUAAAUGCGAUGGAAGAGUUCAUUGUGACCAAGGCGGUGGUCGAUGCAUUCCUAAAGUUAAUGAUGACGGAGGUGAUGGUAAAUGUGUCCGCAGAAUGGAUGGUGACAAAGAGUUUGGUAGAUGCGAUGGCAGAGUUGAUGGUGUCGAAGGAGAUAGUAGAUGCGAUGGCAGAGUUGAUAAUGACGAAGGAGAUAGUAGAUGCGUUGACACAGUUAAUGGUGGAGAAGGUGGUGGUAGAUGCGAGGUCAGUCUUGAUGUUGACAAAAAGUAUGGUGGACGCGAUGGCAGAGUUGAUGGUGAAGACGACUACGGUAGAUGCAAUAGAAACGGCCCAGUUGAUGAUGAUGUAGACAAAGGUAGAUGUGAUGGUACAGUUGUUGAUGAUGUAGACAAAGGUAGAUGUGAUGGUACAGUUGAUGAUGAUGUAGACAAAGGUAGAUGUGAUGGUACAGUUGAUGAUGAUGUAGACAAAGGUAGAUGUGAUGGUACAGUUGUUGAUGAUGAUGUAGACAAAGGUAGAUGUGAUGGUACAGUUGUUGAUGAUGAUGUAGACAAAGGUAGAUGUGAUGGUACAGUUGUUGAUGAUGAUGUAGACAAAGGUAGAUGUGAUGGUACAGUUGUUGAUGAUGAAUGCUGUGGUAGAUGCGGCGAUUAUGGAGAUCAUACAGAAGAAAUCGCUUCAGCGUUCGGAAUUAUGUCCAUCUACUGCAGCAGUGAAUUACAUAGUUGGUAAGAGUUCGUUAGCCUUUAUUAAAGCAAUACAUGUAUAUGCAUUAAAGUGACA